ACCAAAAUGGCAAGGGGUGUAGAGUGCUACACGGAACAGGGGCGACAGCGCACCGACUCGUCACAUGUGUCUGCGUGCUUCCGGCGUGUUUAGCUGACAGCACUGGGAAGCGGCGUGGUGUGUCGUGGUUUCACCCAAGUACCGGUUACUUUGCUGUGAGGUUCGUGCUGUUUGGUGAGGAGGUGCAGGCAUAUUUAGGUAACCUACUCGAAAUAAGAACGCACCAAUGGAUGAGACGAUUAGCAACGGGACUGCUACGAAUCAAGAUGUCAGCAGUGACAAGGGUGCGGCCGCUAUCAAAACACAGUAUCAUACAACGAAGGAAAAAUUCCAUGAGUUUAUUGACUCAGGAUGGCAGAGAGAAAGAGCUGGUAAGGGAAAUAUAGAAACUGUCCCCAAAGGAGAGACCCCGGAGGAUUCUCCGGACCAGACUUGUGAACCACCAGAAAAAAAAAUAAAAGUGCAGGGAUCGGCAGAAGAUGGCAAGGGAAAAGAGGACAAAAAGCGAGCCAGGGGGCAGUUUAAAUCCAGGCCGCACAUGAAACCACACAGUUACGAUGACAUGAGGCUGUGUCCCUCCAUAAUUCAGGAGCGUGCCACCAGUUGCUUUUUUGGAGAGAGAUGCAGAUUCUUCCAUGACGUAGCUGAAUACAUGUCUCUGAAGCCCGCCGAUGUCGGAGACCACUGUCACCUCUUCAGCACCUUCGGAAAGUGCCCCUACGGUGUGACCUGCAGGUACUCCAAGCCCCAUGUGGACAGCUCCUUCAAGAACCUGGUGAACGAGGAGCUGCUGGGGAAGACCGGGGGGAAGCCUACUGUGAAGAACAGUCUGGACAAAGACCUUCAGAAGCGUCUACGGAAGAGGCAGGUGCCUUUCAGUGCCUCGGAGGUGUACCUGAGGACGAUCGGCAAAGGUGCCGAUCAAGGAGGAUGUAAGAAGGACCGGGCACCAACAGGCUCCAAUGGGGAGGCCGCUACAACUAAGGGGGAGGCUCCAGACCGCAUUAUGGCAGGGGCUGCCCCAGCAGACACCAUAGGGUCUACGUCAACCGGAGUGAUACGGGAAGGACUGGGUGGUGGUGGAGGAGCGGACUGUGAGGAAACAACGUCCUGCAGGGAACAUGCAGAUGUGAAUUCUUCAGAGAUGUUGCCAGAUACCUCAGAGCAAAAUGCUCCCAUCAAGACUACUGGUCCUCUGACAGAUGUUGAUGUCAUAAAACUGCGUCCCUGUGAGAAGAAGCAGGUGGAUUUCAGAGAUAAGUUGUACCUGGCGCCCUUAACCACAUGCGGGAACCUCCCCUUCCGGCGCGUCUGCAAGCGCUUCGGAGCUGACAUCACGUGCGGUGAGAUGGCCAUGUGUACCAAUCUGCUGCAGGGCCAGUCGUCGGAGUGGGCUCUCCUCAAGCGGCACGAGAGCGAAGACAUUUUUGGCGUGCAGCUGGAAGGCUGCUUUCCCGAUACCAUGACCAAGUGUGCAGAGCUGCUGAACAGCAACAUUGAAAUUGACUUUGUGGACAUAAACUCCGGCUGUCCCAUUGACCUUGUCUACAAGAAGGGUGGCGGUUGUGGACUGAUGACUCGCACUAACAAGUUCGAGAAGAUAGUCAGAGGGAUGAACUCUGUUCUUGAUGUCCCUUUAACCGUUAAAAUCCGGACCGGCGUUCAGGACAAAGUUAACAUUGCACAUAAGUUGAUCCCGGAGUUGAAAAACUGGGGCAUCUCUAUGGUCACACUACAUGGGAGAUCUCGUGAGCAGCGUUACACCAAAAUGGCCGACUGGGAGUACAUCGACUUCUGCUCCAAGCUAGCCAGUCCCGUCCCUCUGUUUGGUAACGGAGACAUUCUGUCUUACGAGGACGCCAUGAAGGCUCGGGAAACGGGAGUGUCUGGAAUUAUGCUGGGAAGAGGCGCCCUGAUCAAACCGUGGAUUUUCACAGAGAUUAAGGAGCAGAGGCACUGGGACAUAUCUUCAAAUGAGCGCCUGGACAUCCUGAAGGAUUUCACCCACUUUGGCUUAGAGCAGUGGGGCUCUGACACCCAGGGCCUGGAGAAGACCCGCACGUUCCUUUUGGAAUGGCUGUCCUUCUUGUGCAGGUACAUCCCCGCGGGGCUGCUGGAGCGCAUGCCGCAGAAGAUCAAUGAGCGUCCUCCGUACUUCAUGGGCCGCGACUACAUGGAGACCCUGAUGGCCAGCCAGCACGUGGGUGACUGGGUCAAGAUCAGCGAGAUGCUCCUUGGACCAGUACCGCAGAAUUUUAGCUUUCUGCCCAAACACAAAGCCAAUGCUUAUAAGUAAUGGAUGUGACCUUUUCUACGAAGAUAGCAGUGACUGAGCGAGAAAUGACACCUUGCCAACAGAUGGCGCUGUUGUACCAUGUGGGAUCCGUACAGCAACACCAAAUAUUCUGUACAUCUGACGUAUUGCAGCGGUCUGUGACAUGACAAAAGGAACAACACUUUUCUUUUGUACAACCCAGAAUAUGACUAAAAAUUAAAAUCAUCUUUCGUGUUUUUCCUCGCAGCCUUUUUAAUGAACAAAGAUUCAAAUGUAGUCCUGUCUGCUAUAUUUAAAAAAAAAUCAAUAAACUCUGCCUUUUAGUAAA